AUGUAUGUAGAAGGGCCGAGGCCCAGGAGCUCCCCUCGUAUGGGCCUCCUCUGUCUAAUCUGGACCCAUUCGUCUCGUUUGUCACGGAGCCUUCCGCUGAGCAGUCCUUUGCUUCGGGUCGUCUACCACCUCCAGUCGAGGUCGUGCCCCAUCCCCAGCUCCCAAGUCGCAGCUCUUCCGGCCAUGGCGGCGGCGGCGCAGAGGCUCCUCGCGGCGAGCACGAAGAUCGUCGGGGUCGGGCGGAACUACGUCGCCCACGCCAAGGAGCUCGGCCACCCCGUCCCCAAGGAGCCGGUGCUGUUCCUCAAGCCGACCUCGUCGUUCCUCCACGCGGGCGUGGCCACCACCGCCGUCGAGGUGCCCGAGCCGCUCGAGUCGCUGCACCACGAGGUCGAGCUCGCCGUCGUCAUCUCACGGCGCGCGCGCGACGUGCCCGAGGCCUCCGCCAUGGACUUCGUCGGAGGUUAUGCUCUUGCUUUGGACAUGACAGCAAGGGACCUUCAGUCUGUAGCUAAGUCUGCAGGUCUUCCUUGGACUUUGGCUAAAGCACAGGAUACCUUUACUCCAAUUAGUGCAGUGGUCCCAAAAUCAGCUGUCCCUAAUCCUGAUGAUCUAGAACUCUGGCUAAAGGUGGACGAUGAACUUAGGCAGAAAGGGCCUACAAGUGAUAUGAUAUUCAAGGUUCCUUUUCUAAUCAGUUAUAUCAGUUCGAUCAUGACGUUGAUGGAGGGUGAUGUGAUAUUAACCGGAACUCCUGAGGGUGUAGGCCCUGUCCGAAUAGGGCAGAAGAUCAAAGCUGGUAUAACUGGUCUCAUCGAGGCCGAGUUUGAUGUUCAGAGGCGCAGUCGGACAUUUUCUCCCUGA